AUGUCGUCAUUCCAUGCAGAUCGGCUAUGCGAACAGCGCGCCUCUACUCUUCAUGGUCAAGGCAUGUUCACUACCCAAAAGGUAAGUCGUGGGACGCUCAUCUUCCACGAAAAAUCGCUCGCCUCUUUCGAUGAUACUACCGACGACUGGCCCGGUGUCUGGCAAUUCUACCAAUCCCUCCCAACAGCAGAAAGACUCGCGUGGCGCAGUCUCUACAACCCUGAGACCGCCGUCUCGAAGGAUAAGAUGGCCAAGGAGGCUAGAGAGUAUUUCUUCACAAAGGAAUGCGGAGAGGUGUUGGCCAAUUGUCUCAAUAACUGCUGGAAGGAUUGUGUCACCGGAGCGUCCUUCCUGGGUAUCCAGACGUCCCGGUUCAACCACUCAUGUCGGCCGAAUGGGAUAUGGGUGAUCAUUCCGGCAACGGGUAGGUUUGAGGUGAGAGCCACAAGUGUCAUUGAGAGUGGACAAGAGGUGCUGCUGUCGUAUCUUCCUUUGAGCUGCAUGCGGAGCGCACGCAUCAGGGAACUUCGACCGUUCGGGUUCGAGUGUCACUGCUCCCUUUGCAGUGAGCCUGAUAGCGAAGAGGAAAAGAAUAGGGCGGCGAUGCACAACAUAGACCAGCAGCUGUGGAGGAUGGAUCCACCUGGGGAUCUGAACGACCGAAUCCUGUUGUAUGCGGAGCUGCUUCGAUUGCAAACGGCGGAAGAAUGCAUGAUCUGGGAUGUCCUGUUGACUGCGACCCUCCUCCAGCGUCUGUACUUGGAAACCGAAGACCUUGAUGGGGCAGCAUCAACUGGUACCAUAGUUCAGCGAGCCUCCGAUGUCUGCCACGGGGAAGACUUCCGAAUGACGAAUGAGUGGAAGAAUAUGGUCGUCAAUCAACUGAUGCUGCCAAAGGCAAAGAAGUCGUAG